AUGCCCAUUGUCGACGGCGUUUCAAACAAAUGCAACCUCAACCCCCGACGCAUCAACCGUCCUCUCACCUUCAAUCUCCCCUUCAAACAACACCCCGAACCCCCUCGUGAACCCCCUCACCACACCUACCUCCUCACCGCUCCCACCCUCCGCCAUCGACGCCGCCGCUACUAG